AUGCCUACAUCGUUCAGAGUCACCGAUAAAGGGCCGGGUCCUCCGGGCGCGCGGGGUUCGCUUGCUUGGCAUCGGCGACGAAAACGGUCGUCUCGUGGUCUUUCUCCCGAGUCAACUCGCGCGACAUCUUCCUCUCCUCCCCCCGAAGACCGAAUCAUAAACGGCAGUCAACCCACCCGGCCGGCCCGCGUGGUGUCUCCAGAACAAGUUCCCCGACCGGCAACCCAGCCCACGUCGUCAACUCGCAAGCGCGGCCGGGAGACUUUUUCCGAGAAGAAGCGGAGGGAGCUCAAAGAGGCUGCCGCAGCUGCACACGUUAUAAUCGACAAAAGAGAAGCCGAAAUCGAAGAGUUCAACAAGCGCAUGGGCCGUUCUGUCGCGCUUUCCCCAUUUCUCCGAGAAAAUGCAGACCAGCCGCUCGACGAGUUUGGGUUCGCAAGUGAUGCAGAGGAGGCCGCACCUCCACAGACUCUCUCGGCGGCUAGGUUGAGCAACAAGAGCAAGAGAAAGGGCAAAGAGGCCAUCAGAGAUGUCAUACAGGAAGAAGCUGCGGCCGUUACCGACGACUCAAUAAUCGAUGACGACCCCCCACCGAGCACACUGCCACAAGGAAAGCGCGGUCGGCGUGAUAGUAAUUCCAAAUCGCGUGAAAAACGGAAGUCGCGGGUGUCGAAGGGGAGCUUGGACGAUGCGAUGGAGGUGGGGGCGACAGAAGAGCACCUCAACCAAUCAACAUCGAUCCAUGCUGACGAGAGCGUUCGGCCCGAUGAUAUUGCCGCUGCAAACCAGGAAAAUGAAAAUGGACAUUCCGGAACGACGACGCGCUUAAUGCCCAACAAAUAUCAAUCCGACGACAGUGUAUCUCCCGAACCAUCAAGAGCGUCAGCGACCGACUCCCACGGCUCCCACUCUGACCGUGGAUACGCCAAACCGGGUGGGCAGGGGCCGUUGGUGCCCAAGCCUGGGAUGGGCAUGGACGGCACGAAUGGCUCACCUCAUUCUGAGGACGACCACCAUUCUACAACGGGUGACGAAGCAAGCGAAGAGGGCGAUGAUAGAGUGUCGGUGGUUUCCGCACCCGAUGGCUCCCUUGUCGCGUCUGACUCAGACAACCAGAAUAAUGCAAGCGCUCCUCUUUCGCCUGUCGCCUCCGAUACAGGCAGCGAUGCAGAAGAAAGUAGUCCCCCCCUACCGCGCAACCGGGAGUCGGUUUCGCCGCCUCCCGGCUCGUCCGUCAAGAGUUCCCGUCAUAGCGCCAAGAGGCAGGCAAAGCUGCCCUUUUUCUCUCGCCAGCAGGAAGACAACGUGCAAGCUUUUGCCGAACUUCCACACGAGAACGCCGCAUCCCCGUCCCAACUAAGGCGUUCAACAAGGCGCCGGCCAGCUCCACGUGUGGAGGUCGACGCUGUCGCAGAGGUUUCGGAUGGGCAGAAUUCGGAUGGGCAGACCAACAACAUAGGGGCAUCGCAGUACCGGACCGGUCCUCUUUCCUCCUCCGAGCGGGAUCGGGUCACUAGGGCGGUCGAGCGCUUCCGGGAAGACGAGGGUUUGACGCAGGAAGAGAUCAACCAAGUGAUUCACGACAAUCCCCAGACAAGUAACCGGCCGAUUCACCGCCAACUAUGGGCUACGAUCCAGGAUGCCUGCCCGUUUCGCACCCGAAGGAAGCUUAUCAGUUGGUGUCGGCAACAUUUUCACAACUGGGCCGGCCGGGGCACCUGGACCCAAGCACAGGACGAUGAGUUGGCAGAUCUGAUAGAGAUUCAUGGGAAGAAGUGGAGUCACAUCGCAGGCCUCAUAAACCGCUACCCAGGAGAUGUACGUGACCGAUGGAGGAACUACUUGGUUUGUCGCGAGGUUGUCAAGACCGAUGUAUGGUCCGAGGGCGAAGAAGAACGGUUCCGCGAGUUGGUGGAAAAUUCUAUCGAUAAGAUCCGCCAACAAAGUGGGGAGCACAGCAACAAAGCUCCCGACGAGCUCCUCAACUGGCUCCACAUAAGCGAAGCAAUGGGCCACACCAGAUCGCGUUUGCAGUGCAUCCAGAAAUGGAAGAGGAUGUGCGAAGCUGCGCCACUGGCCGACAACGUUCCCACGGUACUGCCCCCAGGUAGAUCGUGGCGAUUGGAGAAGGCUCGCGAGGAGUUGCGCAGGAUUACGGCAGAAGACAAGUACCGUUUAAUGUGUGCGGUUCGCGACUUGGGUGUCGGGACAGACACGAAGAUCAACUGGAAGCAGAUUGUCAAUGGCACGUUUCGCAAACGGUACGAGCGCCAGGCUCUUGUGGUUACAUGGGGACGGUUACGGAAGGCUGUGCCUGAUUGGCAGUGGAAGGCGACUCGCGAUUGCGCUCGGUACCUCUGCGAAAUGUACGAGCGUGAGGGUAAUUUUGGCUCUGUCGACGAGGCCGAAGGCGAGAACGACGCAAUCGCUCCCACCAACAAACAUCGGAAAGGCAAAAAAAAGUCUCACCGUCUAGCGCCGGCGGAUGACUCGGCCCCAGAGUCACAGGAACAAACCCCGGCCGAGAUGGAGUCCAACAGCGACGCGCAGUUAUCACCUGUGGCGGACGACGAGAACAACUUUGCGUCUGCGGAACCUCGUCGAAAGAGUGGUAAGAAGCGGCGCGAGGCAAAGAGCGACACACCACCCUCCCAAAACGAAGACGUUGAGAUGGAGGAUUCAAUGCAUGCAGCGUCGCGUACCAAAUCUACCAAAUCUACCAAGAACAGGCCGCGUUCUGAGGAUGAGCAGAACCACCAACUCGACACCGUCCGGCGGGAGUCGUCGCCAAGUGUGGGCGCUCAUGCGGCUCGAACGAGAAGACGGGAGAGGAGAGAGAGUAUGACGGAGGACACAGGCACUAAGGAAAAGAGGAAGGGACUUUUAUCGCCUGCGUCCAAGGCCACCCUCUCCAAGCCUGCGAAGAGGCCGCGUCGCGAUUCUUUGCCGAACGGUGGCGCGGAGGACCUCGGAUCCAAGAAGCGGAAGAUGAUGAGUUUGCAGGCAAUGGCAAAAACCAACAGCGCGUCGAAAAGCAAUGGGAAGUCUUGGAGUGUGGUCAGCAGCGAUAUGGAGGAUAUGGAGGAUAUACCCGCGACAUUGCCUUGA